AUGUCUUACUUGUUGACCAAUUAUACUUUCAAUUUGAAAAACUUUCUUAAUUCUGCUGCUGUGACUAUUGACAAUGUAAAAAGUAUUGAGCCUUUGCCCCCAUCAUCCUUUCAUCUACUUGAGUACUACAGACCAGCAUACAAUAAUACAUCACUGAGAAGCUACAGACAAGCAGACUUUGGGCAAAUUUAUAUGGGUAGCAAUGGUAUGGUUUGGCGUGGUUCAGUAAUUAAAGCCUUUGUUUAUGAAAACAAUGACCGCAGAAUGAGUGCCUUUACUGGCAAAACUCAAUGUCUAUUUGUUAGUGACAUCAUUGAUCCCAUUACGUUACAGACAGAUAGGCAUGUCUUCACUUAUUUCAAUUGGUAUAAAACAGCAAUUCAAGAUGCACAAAGUGAUCAGUACAUGGAGCUAAACGAGUUCACAUUCACAAAAAGUGACUUUCAAAAAAUCUUACCUGUUCAUUCCAUCUUGAUGCUUGCUGCAAUUGGUGUGCAUGUAACUAUCACUGGUAGCACUCGCAUUCUAAUAGCCCCGUCGUUUAGAAAAAAGUGGGGACACCGUAUGUCAUCACUCCAUACAAACGCUAAAAUUAUUCAGUUACUUCAAAGUAUGCAAGAAACGCUUGUUGCUUUGCAGAAGGGUCAAGAAUCCCUUCAAAAGGAACAAGCGAUCCUGCGAUUGGAGAUUGCUGAAAUACGUAAUGACAUGAACGGGCGUACAGAUGAGGAGCCAAGUCCAGACUAUGAUGCUCUUGGUGUCCCAAUUCCGAGACCAGUACCCAAUAUAAAAGACAUAACUUUGAAACAUAUCUUUAAAAUGAUGAGUAAAGAUCUCAAGGUCCAGAUGAGCAAGGACAACAAGAAACUUCUCAAUACUUGUACGCGUCUUAUCUGUGAUGAAAUGGCCACCCUUCCUUCCGUACAAGUCUUAGGGCCAAAUCCCAAUUGGAAUUCUAUUUCUCAAGAAGACAAGGAACUGAUGUGCACAAAACAUGCGUAUCUACUCAAACAAAGUGGUGUUGAUUUUACCAGAUGUCACAAAAACUGGGCAUCUGUUGCAAAAGUCAGUCAGCUAUGGAAAAACCGUGUGAAGCGACAAGCUUCUGCCAAUACAGUUUACGAAUAA